AUGGCCUUCACGUUCGCCGCCUUCUGCUAUAUGUUAACGUUGGUGCUGUGCGCGGCGCUCAUCUUCUUCGUCAUCUGGCAUAUCAUCGCCUUUGAUGAGCUCCGGACAGACUUCAAGAACCCCAUUGAUCAGGGGAACCCUGCGCGGGCGCGUGAGCGGUUGAAGAACAUUGAGCGGAUCUGCUGCCUCCUGCGCAAGCUGGUUGUGCCCGAGUACUGCAUCCACGGCCUCUUCUGCCUCAUGUUCCUGUGCGCGGCCGAGUGGGUGACACUGGGGCUGAACCUGCCCCUGCUGCUGUACCACCUGUGGAGGUACUUCCACCGCCCGGCCGAUGGCUCUGAGGGUCUCUUCGAUGCCGUCUCCAUCAUGGACGCCGACAUCCUGGGCUACUGCCAGAAGGAGGCUUGGUGCAAGCUGGGCUUCUACCUGCUCUCCUUCUUCUACUACCUGUACAGUAUGGUGUACACACUGGUGAGCUUCUGAGGCCCCCUCAAUCCCCUCCCCCCAUGGCCAGCGCCCGGAGUCACGUGACCCACGGGAGGAAAAGGAGGGGGGGGAGGGGCACGACUGGCGC